AUGGAUGACAACUCAUAUCUCACCACUUAUGAGGCGGCACUAGCUGUGGUAGCCACAGCGAUGAAGAAAGCCAGACUCCAGAUCGAUGUGUUGAUAGUCAAUUCAAUUAUUGCGGGAAUGCUCUUCAGUACAGGGGGGAUGCUCACCAUAGUCGUUCAAGGACUGUUACCAGAAAUAUACAAACAAAACCCAGGUAUAUUACACAUGCUCAGUGGGUUGUUUUUCCCUCUUGGUCUUUUUUAUGUUGUCGUCAUGGGUGUUGACUUGUUCAAUUCAAACAUCUUAUUUUUCAGCUGUGCAUUGUGCAGAGGAGCUGUCUCGAUAGUGGACUUAUUAAUCAGUUGGUUUGUGAGCUACUGGUUUAACUUGGUGGGGAAUAUUUUUGUCGGCUUCAUCAUUUUCCACUAUUCAAACACGGCAUCAACGACAGACAUUGUAAAUGCUGCACGGGAACUAGCUUUCCAAAAGGCAGCACCGCUGUUUGUUCAAACAUUGCUUAGGGCCAGUGCUGGUAAUUUUUUUGUAUGCAUGGCCAUCUAUUUACAGCUCAUGGUGAAACCACUUCAUGUUAAAUUCUUGAUGAUGGUUAUCCCGGUUUUUUCAUUUGUCACGCUUGGGUACACGCAUGCAGUUGCAGAUAUGACUAUACUUAUUAUCGGCAAAAUCGAAGGUGCACCGGUGGCCAUGGCCAAAUUAGCUUGGAAAGUGUUUGUACCGGCGGCUUUGGGAAACAUCAUUGGUGGCUCUUUUUUUGGAAUAGUUAUUUGUUGGUAUUUGCACUUGUUUGUUGUAGAAAGAGAUAAGAAGAAGUUGAACUUGCCACAAUACGAAUUCAGAGAUGAACAACCAGAGUUGAACCAAGACUCAAGAGUUGUUAGAAGGAGAAAACCACAGUUUGAUGGACAAAUUAUUGAUAACCAACCUAAUGACGAGGAUGAUUAUGGAGCAAAGAAAGUUCAAGAGAAUGAAAAAUUGGAGAGUUCCCCGCCCGAUAGUCUUUCAAGUUCAGAGAAUGAUGCACAAGCAUAUGAACCAAUUGGAUUAAGUGGAUCACCGCACUCAUUAGCUCAACGAGAAAGAACGUCUUCUGGGUUAUCGAGAGUGGGAUCACAAAAUACAAUGCGUAGUAUUAGUUCAGCUAGAUCAUCAAAAUCGCCCAAGGGAGUUUUCCCUGUUUAUGGAAUGGGAGCUCCUGCUGCUAGGGAACGAUCAAUUGCAGACGGAAGUGCAUUAACAAGUAGGAAGAAUUCAUCAGGUGAACCUAAUGUUACGAAUGUGAAUAGUGAUUACGGUGCUGAUUAUGGCGCUAGCGGUGACAGUAACUAUAACAACAAUAAUAAUAUUAAUAACAAGAACAAUAACAAUAACAAUAACAAUAACAAUAACAAUAACAAUAACAAUAACAAUAACAAUAACAAUAACAAUAACAAUAACAAUAACAAUAACAAUGAUGAUGAUGAUGAUGAUCAGCAGGAGGGUAAUAAUGCUGAAUAUAUUGGAGCGCAAUUGAAAAGGCUCGUGACUGGUAAAAGUUUUACCAGCAAUAAGAAAAAUUCAGAUCUAGAGGCUAGGCCGAGACUAGGGCGAAGCUCAACUAUUGGUCCUCGUCCUACUCCGAGGUUGAAUACAGAGCUAUUCUCUUCAAAUUCGUCAAUAGAUUCAUCUGCCUCAGCACCCGUUACUGGUUCUAAUUCUGCUUCAACAAAUGGACCCCAUCAACAUACAAUAACUCCCCGACAGAGUUUACCAGUUGGUCCAAAGGAAAAUCGAGCGUUUCGAAAGUGA